GUCAGUGUGUUACUAGAUGGCACUGUAGCACGCCAACGUGAAGUUCCGGUGGAAAAGUGAAUUUAGCUAAUUUUAGACGCAACUCCCUUGGCAACUGACAAUCCUCAGUCAAGAGAAAAACACCGUCCUAGCAAGGCACCACAUGGACAAAAGCUUAUGGAAACGGAAACCUCGCAGAGUGAAAUAAAAGCGGACCUUUCCGACAUCCACUUAUCGCUGAACUCAAAGGGCAGCCUGGAAGAAGGCUACUUCUCAGAGGACGAUCACUCCAGCAGGCGCCAGCAAGUGUUGCACAGGAGGAAACACUCGGAGGGUCGCAAUGCUCGUGAAGAUCUUACCUCAGGGGCUGAUGAAGAUGUCAUCGCAGGCAGAAAUCAAGGCAAUGCUUCGCUGCUUCCCGAGAACAAACGUGAGGACAAGGAAAGUGGAAAGGUAGCGAGGAAAGACGAGAAGAAGGAAAAGGAGGAAGAUGAGGAGCCCGUGCCUGAUGGCGGAUGGGGAUGGGUGGUCGUUUUUGGUGCUUCUCUGAUCGUGGUCUUGGUUGACACCAUGGGUCAGUGCUUUGGCAUCCUAUUUUCCACCUUUCUUCUUGACCUCAACACGAGUGCUGUGGUCACCGCUUGGAUCUUCAACCUUUACCAGUUCACAUAUAACAUGACCGGACCCAUCCUAGGACCUCUUAUAAACCAGUUCGGAUGGAGACCCCUGACGGUGGUUUUCUCUUUCAUUUUUGCCUUCGGGACAAUAACCUCUGCAUUUGUAGGAUCACCGUAUACGCUCUUCUUUACCUAUUCUCUUUUGGUAGGCGUCAGUACUGGGAUGUUAUCGAACAUAAGCUACCUGAUAGUACCACACUAUUUCAAAAAACGUCGGGGUUUAGCAAAUGGCAUCAUCAUGGCAUGGGACUGCGGCGGUCAGUUCAUCGGUGCUCCACUCAUCAAAAUUCUUCAAGACGAAUAUUCGUUCACGGGCGCCACACUCAUUCUUGGUGGGUUCAUCCUCAACUGCUGCAUAGGGGCAGCCGUCUUUCACCCUGUCAAAUGGCACGUGAAAGCCAAACGUCCGAAGCCAAAUCGGAAGAAAGACGAAGAGCUAGAAACCCAGACACAAGACCAACAGGUCUUUCAAAAAAUGGAUAACGGUGAGCAAAGCGGGAAGAGACAGAAUUCAGACGGGCGAAGGAAUGUUGUCAUACAACUGUUCUCGUCUGUCCUUUCUGAUCUUGCCAUCUUAAAGUCAGCCAAAGCCGUCAUUCUGGCUCUGACCACCACAGUGACUUUUAAUGGCUACCUGAACUUCCUGGCGUUCGUGCCUUUCGCUAUGCAGGAGUCCGGGUUUCAUUUGGGAGACGCAGCGACGUGCGUGUCCCUCUCCGCCAUCUGCAACAUCGUCACUCGCCUAGCCAUCGCAGCUUUUUCCGAUACCAAAUUCUUUAAUUUUAGAAUCACGAUGAUGAUCGGCAGCCUCGUCAUCUCUGGUUCCAUGUUGUGUUUUACACUAGCCGACUCUUUGAUAUUGGUAAAAGUGUCGAUGGCCAUCUGGGGUUGUGGCGUUGGAUCCUUCAACGGAAUCUUCAAUCUCGUCAUGAUUCAUUACAUGGGAUUAGAAGCCUUUAUACCGAUGUUCGGGGCGUCUCUCUUAAUCACGGGGUUCGGGUACCUCGCUGUUGGUCCUCUCGCUGGCUACGUCCGCGACGUCGCCGGAAGUUAUUCCUCCUGCAUUUGGGUCCUCACUGGAGUUUCUUUUUCCAGCUUCCUCUUGUGGCUUCUCAUGCCAUUAGCUCAGGCUUUCGAUCUAAGGCACGAUAAGAAUAAGAAGAGAAGGGAAGAGGAAAACACUAAUGUGCCUUUGACCAUUUGACAUUCAUGUGUUAGUGAAUAUAACAACUGUCUUUAUAAAUAAGCCUUUAUUCCGCCGUUAAUAUCGACUGGGCAAACCAUCCAAAUUUUAAAAUCUGAAGGACACUAACUCAGGGACAAUCUAUUCACCAAGGUGUGAUAUGGCAGCCUUACCAAAGGUCAUAUUUUCUUGAUAUUUACUGAAAGCAGACGAUUCCCAUGGAUAUUCAAUCCUUACCACUUUGUCUUGUUUUCCCAUAAGCCUACUUCUCUGUAUUCGCUUUUCUGGCUGUGUUUUAUCCUUUCCAUCUGUACUACCAUCCUCAGUGUUUAUUCCUGUUUAUGUUGAGUCAAUUUCUUUGCAACAGUCUCCGACAUAAGUCUUCCACUCUUUGUUUUUGGCUGUAUACGUUUUCUUGUGCUUCAAUUCAAUGCAGCGCUUCAUUAUUGUCUUAUUAUCAUGUUUAAUUGUGAUUUAUAUGUUGUUUACGUUCAUGAGUCCGUUAUCUUUUAUUCCCUUGCCGUGGUAUAGAGGACUUCUAAGCUAAGUAGCUCUUUAUAUGCUACCAGGGUUAUGUUGGUGGACCGAUAUUUUGUUUUUCUUGUACACUGUUCUGAGGGUAUGCUAGACCAAGAACUUGACAGAUAAUAGUUUUGACUAACAUCCUGCCGUCCUAAUUACCAUUAAGUAAUUCCUAUUAACAAUAGAGAAUUUACAUUAAAAUAACAUAAAGAAUAAAAAACCCACUGCCAAUUUUAUUACCAACAUUUCUAUGAAGGGCUACAUACAACCAUUGAAGGCAUCUAGCAAUGUCUCGACGACCCAAGAAUUUUGGUGAAGGGAACAGCAUGGUAUGACACAGUACCAAAACUUGGUGGCCUAUUCUGCAAUUUGCGUCGUAAAGGUGACACCAAUCUCCUCAUAAUCAAUUACUUUACGCGAGGGAAUUCAAACACCUAGGAAUAUAGCUCAGCUCUGUAAGUCAUUUUGUUGGCAAGUCAUGCUCUCGUCAAAUUCCAAUGACGUUUUCUCUGUCUUUAAAAUGGCAUUUCAAACAUAAUGGAUACUUCUUCAUUCAGGAAAUUUCUCACGAAUUCAGCUCCCUCCGUUAAUCAAAUGUCACUUCAAAGCAGUCUGUUGGUUGGCUCGAUUCUGGUCAUACACGUCAGUAAGGAGGUUGAUGAUGAAAAGACGCCAAAUUUGUGUUGUACUGCGCUGGAUUUUGUACUAUUUGUCCUUUCUUUACUUAAUUUUGCCCCAC